AUCUGAAGUGAUCGUCGGAACUUUUUCAAUUUCGAGAUCUGCGAAGGAGAGAAGAUGAUCGUAUGCGUCGCCGUCGUCGGCCACCAGAACAAUCCGCUUUACAUACAAAGCUUCACGGAUGCUGACGAUGCUCUCAAGCUCCACCACAUUGUUCAUUGCUCUCUCGAUGUCAUCGAAGAGCGAGUGAACAAUCCAAAAAAGUCUGGUACAACUCUGAACGAGGCUUUUCUUGGCCUGCUCUAUCCUACUGUGAACUACAAAGUCUAUGGUUACUUGACUAAUACCAAAGUUAAAUUUAUAUUGGUCACUACUGAUUUGGAUGUUAGAGACACCGAUGUGAGAAGUUUCUUCAGGAAGUUCCAUGCUGCCUACGUUGAUGCAGUCUCAAACCCUUUCCAUGUCCCUGGCAAAAAGAUAACCUCAAGAACCUUUGCACAAACUGUAAGCAACAUCGUUGGAUCGUACGGUUUGAACUGACCCUCUCUUAUUAGUUGCUUUUUGUACCUCUUUUACAGAGCAUUGAUGAAGUCUCAUUUCUUUAUCAUCAUAUGUUGUCAAUAUCAACACUGAAAUUGCUGUAAGAUGACUUGUUGCUUCACAUGUUAGCUUUUUACUCGAUAAUUUCCUCUCAACCUGUUUCGAAUUUCGUUCCUGGAGUGGUAAACAUGAUGCUUUCCGAUCGCCUGAGCAGAUUCACUUGCCCAAUAAUUAGGUAUUUUCAAC